UAGGGUCUAAGGAGACCCCCCAAACAUGCUGCAGAGGCGAUAGAGACCUCAAAAAACCCCAUGGAGCCCCUAAACAUUCUCUACAGAUGCUACAGGGUCUAUAGGGACCCCCAGGAGCCUUAAGGAUCCCCCCAAAGGUGCCACAGGGGAGGUAUAACCCCCCCCAGCUCGGGUCCAGCCCAGGGGCGGGGCUCAAACCGGGGGAGGGGCCUUGGGGACUGAAAACCCCCCARGUCCCCUCCGUCAGUCCCCCAGGUCCCUUCCAUCCUCCACACACCUGCGACCCCCGGACCCGCCCCAGGACCCCCAUGGCCCCUCSACCGCCCCCCGGCCACCUCAGCCUGACCCGCGGGGUCCAGUUUCCCCUGUACCAGGACGCCGUYGCUCGCCGGGCCCUGCGGCCCACCCUGCUCAGGAGCGUUUCGGUGCCCACCGAGCCCCCCGCGCCCCCCACCAUGGAUGUCACCUACGCCGUGGUCAAUAAGCCCCGCCGUGGGGGCGGGACUGCGGGAAGAAGCUCCACCCUCUCAGACCGCGACCACGCCCCUUUCGGACGAGACUCCGCCCCCUCGGGCACGUGCUCCCUCCCGGGGAGCCCCGUGCGCCGCCCCUCCCCCACCCCAUCAGGCUCCCCCAGACCCACAGACGGCACCUACGAGGUYGUGACCCCUCCUGUGGACCCUGGCAGCGGCCCCUGCCUCGGGUUUAAUUUCCGCAUUGGGAAGCCCAAGGGCCCGCGGGACCCCCCGGCCGAGUGGUCCCAGGUGUGAGGGGGGAGCCGAGCCCAGCUGAUCCUUACACAGCACAAAAUACUGAAAAAAGAUUUAUUGUUACAAAUAAAAACUGAAUUUCUGAGA